AUGUCGAUAUGCUUGGUUCUGGAAUGCAACAUCGGGUUGUAUGUUAUGGCAAUUGUGUUGGUAUUGUCACAGAAAUCAAAGACUUGUCUCCCUAGAUGCUGUAAUCCCUCAAUUGUUGUUGAACCCACAAAUCUGAAAGCAACAACUACCUGUAGAAAGGUUGUUAGCAUACAAGCACUGUUAAUACUAAUGGUUGUUAGCAUACAAGCACUGUUAAUACUAAUGCACUUUACAGUAAAUAUGGAAUUUAAUUGUGUUGACAUAGUAGAGCUCUUAAGAAUGAUGAUAGCCAGAUUCCAAAAGAUUGUACCUUUGAUUGCCCUUUCUUCAGUUUUCAUCAUCUACUACUACUACUACCCUUUCCACAUCAUGAAUUACUCUUCAAAAACAGCAGCUUUUAAUUCCGAUUCUCAAGUAUCAAUUAAUUCCUUGAACUCCAAUCCCCACAACCAUGGUGACAAUGCAAGCUCCAUAAUUAAUAAAACUCAAAUCCCCUCUCCCGCCCCAUUAAUCCAAUUCAACGACAUUAAUAAUAAUGAUCAUCAGGAGGAGGAGGAAACAGGAAUCAUCCCAACCGCAGCGGCUGCAAAGAACAGAGAAUACACGUCGUGUGAUAUAUCUUUGGGGGAAUGGGUGCCUAAUCCGGAAGGGCCUUACUAUACAAACACAACGUGUUCAAGAAUACAAGAGCAUCAAAAUUGUAUGAAAUAUGGGAGGCCGGACACAGGGUUUCUGAAAUGGAGGUGGAAACCGGAAGGGUGCGAGCUGCCAAUAUUUGAUCCAGUUGAAUUUUUUAAGAUGAUGAAAGGGAAGAAGAUUGCAUUCGUUGGGGAUUCUAUAGCUAGAAACCACAUGCAGUCUUUGAUCUGCCUCUUAUCUAGGGUGGAAGAGGCUGUAGAUGUCUCAGAAAUAACUUACUUGUCACAGUUCAAGAGAUUCGAGUUUAGAAAACACAAGUUGACCAUAGCCAUGUUCUGGUCCCCCUACCUGGUGCGGACCAACCAAGAUGACAUAGACAGCAAGAAUUCCGAAAGCCUGCCCCUGAACCUCUUCCUUGACGAGCCUGACCCCAAAUGGACCCAACAGAUACCCGGCUUCGACUACCUUAUCAUCUCUGCAGGCCAAUGGUUCUCCCGUCCGGCAAUGUUCUACAAUCAGAGCAGUGUUGUCGGCUGCCUUUACUGCCCCCAAUCCAAUAUCACCCACCUCACCGCUAACUUCAGUUACCGUUAUGCAUUUCGUACAGCUUUUCGGGCCAUCGUCAAGCAGACAAAUUUUACUGGAACAACCUUUUUGAGGAGUUUUGUGCCAUCCCAUUUCGAAAACGGUAGUUGGAACAAGGGUGGAGAUUGUGUGAGGCAGAGCCCAAACAGGGUUGAAGAAACUCGCUUGGACGGGUACAUUUUGGAGUUUUAUCAGAUCCAAUUAGACGAGUUGAACAGAGCGCAGAGGGAGGGUGGGAGGAGACAAUUGAAAUUCAGGCUGAUAGAUGUCACCCGGGCCAUGUUGAUGAGACCCGACGGUCAUCCAAGCAAAUACGGUAGCUGGCCAACGCCAAAUGUCACCCAAAUCAAUGACUGCGUGCAUUGGUGCUUGCCUGGUCCUAUUGAUUCAUGGAAUGAGUUUUUGAUCCAACUUUUAAGAAGAGAAUAA